CGCGCCCUGGUGGCGCUGGCUCGGCGCCACGCUGCCUCUGCGCCUGGCGAGGGUGCCGCGACUGGACGCGUCGCAGAGCUACAUCUUCGCGUGCCACCCUCACGGCAUCCUGGGCUUCGGCACCUGGCUCACCUUCGGCGUGUGCGCCACGCACGCUCCCGAACGCAUGCCGGGGGUGCGCUGGCACCUGCUGUGCGCGAGCACGUUUUUCUAUGCCCCAGUGGUGCGCGAGGUCGCGAUGCUCCACGGUUGCGGGGCGGCGAGGCGGCGAGGCGUGCUCGAGGUGCUCCGGCGCGGGGACAGCGUGGUCCUGAACGUGGGCGGGGCGCGCGAGGCGCUGGACGCGGCGCCAGGCACCUGCCGGCUGCAGUUGUCGCGCCGGCUGGGCUUCGUCCGCUGUGCGCUCGAGACGGGCGCGCACCUGGUGCCCGUCUUCUCCUUCGGGGAGAACGACCUCUACUCGGUCUGCGCGACCCCCGCGGGCUCCCUGGCCAGGCGGGUCCAGGAGGCGGCGGCGUCCCUGACCGGAUCCACGCUGCCCCUGUUCUGCGGGCGCUGGUGGCUGCCCUUGGUGCCAAGGAGCAGGCCGGUCGUCACUGUUGUGGGCGAUCCCAUCGCCGUGCCCAGGAUGGAUCCCGCGGCUAUCACUUCGGAGGAUGUCGAGCGGCUGCACCGGUGUUACGUCGAGGCCCUGCAGGCCCUCGUUGGGCGGCACAGGGCGGAGAGCGGCUUCCCGGAGCUGCAGCUCGAGCUCCUGUGA